AUGUCCAAGCGUACCAAAGAGGAACUCGAGAACGACGACUUGUCGGACAUCGACGUCUCGUCGACCGACGAAGAAGAAGAACAGGAAGAGGAAGAACAGGAAAUGGUGAACGUGGACUUUGAUUUUUUCGACUUGAAUCCGGCCAUCGAUUUCCAUGCUACUAAAAACUUCCUUAGACAGCUGUUUGGCGAGGACUCGGCGUUUUUCUCGAUUUCUGAGAUCACCGACCUGUUUCUCACAGAGGGCCAUGUUGGAACAACCAUCAAGACCGACGGUAAGGAGUCGGAUCCGUUCUUUGUGCUCAGUGUGAUCAGUUUGACCGAUAAUCUGUCCAAACCAAGCAUUAAGGCCAUGAUUAAGUAUUUUCUGGAGAAAACCAACAAGAAGCCGCAAUUCAACGUUGUUUUGCGCCAGUUGCUUUCCGGAACAUCCAAGUCGCGUGUCGGACUCAUCGUGAGCGAAAGACUCAUCAAUAUGCCUGUCGAAACCGUCCCGCCAAUGUACACUAUGCUCCAGGAAGAGAUCGAAAAGGCAGAUAACGCAGACUCCGAGUACAACUUCGACUAUUACCUGAUUCCGUCGCGUGUGUACAAACUGGUCACGUCGGUGAUCGACCAGGAGCUCGAGGAGACUCCGUCGGCCAAGAAAUCGAAAAAACAACAGCCUCUUGCCGAUACUAUAGACUACUACCAUUAUGAAGACGAGAUUUUGGAGCAAAACGCAGCUCAUCACGGAUACUUCGACUACACGAACCAGACCAGAGAAUCCGACUCCAGAAGAGUGUUCAACGACUACGGAAUCGACCCAAAGUUGAGUCUGAUGCUUCUUGAUAAGGCUGCUUUGAAGAAAGCCGUUUUAGAGAUGCAAGCUGCCUUCCCUGCAAACUAG